AUGUUCAACAAUGCUCCACCAAAAAACCUACUAUCGAUAACAACAAAUACUAACCAGCAACUUCAACAACAACUCAUACCAACAUUUAACAUGUCCACAAAUAAUCAACCAACACACGCAUCUUCUUUGACACCAAGUUUGAAUAAUAUAGAAGUAGUUGGGAAUGACAACAUUCCCUCAUCUGGAACAAAUAUAGAUUUAAUUAAGCAAUUGCUCAAUUCUAAUCCACAACUACAAAUGUACCUACAUCAACUUGCCAAUCAAACAGAAAACAGUAACUCCAUGUUGACAACAUCCAAUAAUAAUGUUAAAGUAGCAACAAUUUCAGACCAAACAAAUUCAACAAUCGACAAUAUUCUUUCACUAUUCAAUCAAAGCAAUGAAUCAAACAACAUGUUACAACAUCCUGGCAACUAUGUAUUAAAUCACAUGCCACAACUCCAAGAGCAUAAUAUUACCUCCAAUGCACAACCAAUGAUGCAUGGAGAUUCUCAACAUAUUCUAUCCCUCUAUCUUUCAUCAGAGGAAGUACAACAGUUGUUAUUGUUGGAUCAAGAAGCAACAAACAAUACUACCACCUUAAAUCAACCCCAAAUUACAUCUCAAAGUUUUGUCAAUCCAUCAAUUUUAAACAAUAAUUCACUAAUAGUAGCAAACGAACAACCACCACUCUUUACAUGCUCUAAUUCUGGUACCAGAAUCAAUACGUGUGCAUCUAUUGAAGAUCAUAACAACGCAUCCACACAUUCUGACCAUUUCCUUCAUGAUGUUUCUCCUUCGCUUCUUGCAUCGCAACAAAAUUUGCCUCACCAUCAAAAACAAAAUACUGCAAACAUUGUUCGAAAGCAUUCAAUCCCCGAUCUUCAACUUCAUCAACAUCAACCUAUCGUCAAUCUCUUAUAUUCAACAUCAACAACAAUUAACCAAAAUAAUCAUCACAUGAUUCAGCCACAAACAACAAAUACACAAUUUAAUAUGGAAAUUUCUCCCUCUCCUUCACUUUCAUUGCAAAUUAAUGAAAUGGAUUUUUAUGAUUUGCAAUAUAUGAAUCAGCCUUUAACGGAUUUAGCUCCCCAACAAUAUAACAGAUAUAUUUUUGAUGGCUGUGAAUUCAUUCUACCCAUCAGGUAUUCACCAAUAAUGAGAGGUUCACAAGUAGUUUUUCUAGGAAGAGGAGCAUACGGGCAUGUAAUUGCAGCAAAUGACACUCAAUCAGGAACAACAGUAGCUAUUAAGAAAGUACAAAACGUAUUUGAUAAAGCUGCUUAUAGAAUGUUGAGAGAGGUGAAAAUAAUGAGACAUUUGAGAGGUCAUCCAAAUAUUGUGACAUUAAUUGAUAUUUUUAUUCCUGGAAAUACGUUAAAUGAGUUUAAGGAUUUGUAUAUAGUUUCAGAGUGUAUGAAUGGUGAUUUAGGAAGAGUGAUGACCAAUCUAUGCAAUCAAAAGCAAUGUUUAUCAAUAGAUAAUAUUCGCGAUAUUAUGGGGCAAUUAUUGAGUGCCAUGUACUAUUUACAGAGUGCAGGAGUACUCCAUAGAGAUAUGAAACCGAGCAAUAUUUUACUGUCACAUAAAUUCCAAGUUAAAUUGAGCGAUUUUGGAAUGAGUAGAAAUGAGGCAACCAAUCAACAAGUAACCAAUCCUCAAAGUUUUGCUGUUGUAACUGAAAUUUAUCGACCUCCUGAAGUUGUUUUGAAUUAUGAGAUACAAACUUCUGCAAUAGAUUCGUGGUCUGUUGGAUGUAUUUUUGCAGAGCUGUUAUACAUGUUACCGCCAUCCUCAAAGAGAAGACCAUUAUUUGUAAUUCUAAAGGAUAGUGAAAUUAGAGCGCCAAACCACUAUGAACAUUUAAACUUGAUGGCUUCUUUAUUGGGAAAACCAAAGACAAAUGAAUUGAAAGGAAAUCCACAAUAUGUACAAGAAUUAUUGGAAUUAUUGGAAAAUUUCCCAUCUCAAGGAUAUGAUUUUUCUCUAAUUUUCCCAGCAGCACCUCCGGAAGCCAUUGAUCUAAUGAAAAGGUUUUUAACAUGGAAUCCAGAAUCAAGGAUAUCCUUUGAGGAGGCUCUUAAUCAUCCCUUCAUAAGGAGUAGUAAUAUGAUAAACAGAAUUAGGGCUGGCGAAAAAAUUGGAUCAUUGGAUGACGAUGUCAAUGUGAGUUCGGAAAAGAUAAAAUUCCUCUUUUACAAGGAGAUAGUGAGCUGGAAAUUGGAAAAUAAAAACUAA